GUAUCACUUAUAAAGAUUUAAGUUUUAACUUUCAAGUGAAGAGUAAGUUUUCAAGAUACUUAAUAACAAAAAAGAAAAAAAAAGGUUAUUUUCAGCAAAUAUAUAUUUUUAAUUUUAUAAAAUGUCUUCGCCUUUAGUGAACUUGGAAAGUAGUUUAGAGAAGUUUAUCGAAAAUGUGCGACAAAUAGGUAUCAUAGUGGGUGAUUUCCAACCUCAAGGACAGACCGUGUUGAACCAAAAAAUAAACCAAAUGGUGACUUUAAUGCAAGAAAUUGAUAAGUCAAAGUCCCAUAUUCAAGAUAUCCAAGUACCUUUGGAGGUUUUUGACUAUAUUGACCAAGGAAGGAAUCCACAGUUUUUUACCAAGGACUGCAUGGAGAAGGCAUUAGCAAAAAAUGAACAAGUGAAAGGAAAAAUUGAUAUAUAUAGGAGAUUCAAAGCUUUACUUUUAGUGGAACUCAGCAAAAUAUUCCCAAAUGAAAUGGCAAAGUAUCGAGCUAUUCGAGGUGAUGAAAGACCUUCUUCUUAAAAUGAAGACUAAUUUUUUUUUUUUAAAUCUGCAUGAAUGAAAAAUGAUAUGAUGAAUUUAAGGCUUGUAGCCUUGUUUAUGUAAUUUAGUUGUAAAUAUACCAAAAGUAUGAUUAAAUUGCUAAUGCAUUUUAUAAAAGUAAAAA